GUUAACAAGGAAAUAACAACUGCGCACGCGCGUAAAACAGCUAUCCCGUUUUCUUCUCUCGCGAGAUCUUACACGUUGGCAUGGCGGUCCUUCUUGAAACGACGCUCGGUGAUAUUGUGAUUGAUUUGUUCACUGAAGAAAGGCCGAAAGCAUCCCUCAACUUUCUGAAAUUAUGCAAGAUCAAGUACUACAACUACUGUCUUGUCCACAAUGUACAGAGAGACUUCAUCAUUCAAACUGGGGACCCAACUGGGACGGGUCGAGGUGGAGAGUCAAUCUACUGCAAACUAUACGGGGACCAGGCCCGUUUUUUCGACUCGGAGAAAACACCACGUAUUAAACACAGAAAAACGGGGACAGUGUCUAUGGUGAACAAUGGAAGUGACCAGCAUGGUUCUCAGUUCCUUAUUACCACUGCCGAAAACCUGGAUUACCUGGAUGGCGUGCAUACCGUGUUUGGAGAAGUGUCAGAGGGACUGGACAUCGUGGCUAAAAUCAAUGAGACUUUUGUUGACGCUGACUUUGUUCCAUUUCAGGACAUCAGAAUCAACCACACUGUCAUCCUUGAUGAUCCUUUUGAUGAUCCCGCUGAUCUCCCGGUGCCUGAUCGGUCUCCUGAUCCCACCAGAGAGCAGCUAGAUAGUGGUCGAAUUGGCGCCGAUGAAGUGAUAAACGAUAUAGAUGGGAAAGCAGCUGAAGAAGUGGAGGAGAGACUUCAGGAGAAAGAAGCCAAAACCCGAGCCAUCCUGUUGGAGAUGGUGGGCGACCUUCCAGAUGCUGACGUAAAGCCUCCAGAGAAUGUUCUGUUUGUUUGCAAACUCAACCCAGUGACCACAGACGAGGACCUGGAAAUCAUCUUUUCUCGUUUUGGCCACAUUAAAAGUUGCGAAAUCAUUCGUGACUGGAAGAGUGGAGAUUCCCUAUGCUAUGCUUUCAUCGAAUUCGAAAAGCAAGAAGACUGCGAGAAAGCCUACUUCAAAAUGGAUAACGUGCUCAUAGACGACCGGCGCAUUCAUGUCGAUUUCAGCCAGUCUGUGUCAAAGAUUAAAUGGAAAGGGAAAGGUGGCAAGUACACCAAAGAAGACUUCAAGGCUUAUGAGAAUGACUUGGAGAAGCGAUCCAAACUGACUCUGAAAGAUCAAGUGAAGCCCAAACAAGAUUCCCGAUAUGACCUGCUGUUGGACGAGGAGGAGACGCCCGGGGAGAAAAAACACAAAGAGAAGAGACGUCAUCAUCAUCAUUCAGAUGCUGAAGAAAGCAAGAAGUCCAAAAAACACAAGGACGACGAGGACGGCCGGCGUGACAGGAAAUUGGACCGGCAUCGCUCACGUUCCCGCUCCAGAGACCGAAGGCAUGACAGGUCCUGGGACAAACCCGCGAAAGAUGGACGGGAUAGGAGUCGAAGGAGUCGUAGUCGAUCGCCCAGGAGGUCCAAGGACAAAGACAGAAGCAGAUACAGAUGAAAGGCUUCUUCUGUUCUCAUUAUGGAACUGCAAAAACUAUGUUCCACUUCCUCACCUGUGUUUUAAUUCAAACACUCGCCAUUGAAUUUCAAACCAAGUGCUGUUUGUGCAUUCACCUACACUACUUGGACAAAAGUAUUGAGACACUUUUCCAUUUCUGCUAAGUGUCUCAUUACUUAAAUCCUGAUAGUGUGGAUGGAUGAAUUAUCUGCAGAGCUUUCGAUUGUGACACAGAACGUCAAAGAAAAGUUGUCAAUAUAAUUUGGUCCCUACAUGGACAUUUGUUAAAGAUCAAGAUCACCUUAAUGCGACUGCAUCAUGUUAUUAAACAACUUAUUUUGUCACUGA